AUGUUUCUUCUACUCUACUUUUUGAUAUUUUUAAAUGUAGUAUAUGGACAAGGAGAUGAUCCAUUUUCUAAUGACUUUAUUAGAAGAAAGAAUUUAUCUGAUUUAAAAGACACGGUUCUUGGAGAGGUAGCUGGUAACAUUCCACCAGAAGAUAAGGAUGGGCUCUAUUAUUUUAUUAUCACCUUGUUUGUUAUGUCCACAUUUGCAUCAACUAUUUUGACUGGAGUUUUCUUGGCUCUUUCUGUGAUCCUUUGGAGCCAUUUCAAAAAAAUGAUAUUUUUCUGGUUUUUAACUCAACUGACCAUUUCUGUUUUCAUAAUGUCUUCUUUAAACUUUUUAAUUAAUGUACCAGCGACAUUAUUUGCUUUGAUAACCAAGGAAUUCGUUCAAUCCGCCUCAUUCUACUACAUGUCCAAUGUAAUCGAUUUCUGUCAUAAUGCAAUACUUUUCUCAAACUUGAUAAUUGCAAUACAUCGGAUGUUUGUGUUCUUUUUCAAAAAACACACGGAUAUUGCUUUUGAAAAACCGAUAACAUACUUUUGGAUGGGAAUGGUAUGGGUAUUGUCUGCUUUUGUUGUAGUGUCUAUGAUUAUGAAUAACUGCCAAUAUGAAUAUGAUGAACGAAUUUUAAUGAAACAUUAUGUUUUGAGUUGUGAAACUAGUAGUGGAAUUAAAAAUAUUGCUCCACCGACAAUUGUACAAACUAUUGAAAUUUUAAUACAAUUUAUUCUUCCAAUAUUUAUUCUGGGAAUAUAUAUUGCAAUUAUCAUUAAAAUAAUUUUAAUGAAAAAAGCAGCACUCAACAAAUACGAGCUCACUAUUUUGAAACAGGCGGUUUUUAUAUUUUGCCUAUUUCAGAUUUCAUCGUCGGUUUUCCUAUUAUGCCAAACUAUCAAGUUUGAAAUAGCAACUGCAUUUUUGAUAAAACGGAUUAUUAAUACGACUGAAAUAUGCGCUGGAGCUGCAACGCCGUGCUUCUUCUUUUUCACUUCAAAAGAAAUUCGGAAACUCGUUUCUGUGAGAGUUUCUCUCACUACUUCACAAGCCAAUUCAAACUCACAGCAGAGAAGGCAAACUUCGAGAGCGAUUUAAUUUUUAUUACUAAAAUCAGUUUCUAAAAUGUUUUUGCCAAUAUUAGAAUAAAUACUCGUGUUUUAAU